AUGACUUCCACGGACAUUUUACCUCUGUAUAUAAGUAAAUUAAGUCAUCCCAUGAAGGAAAUAAGAGAGCGAGCUUUACAAUUAUUAUUGGCAAAAUUUCGGUUAGGAUGGGAACUAGAAGAUGAACUAGCUGGCACUAGAACCUUGCUUGAGUCACUUCUAGCUUGGUUUGACACACAGGAACCAUCUAUGCAGCAGGAAGCCUUAGAACUUUUAGUUAUAACUGUAAAGACUAAAUCAGGAACUUAUAUAGCUAAAGAAUUUGGUAUUGAUAAAAUGUUGAAUAAUCUGAAUGAAAUUAAAAAUAAGAUAAAAGGUAAAGCCUUAGAAAUCCUCGAAGAUUUAGUUGAAACACUAAACUUUUUAAAUACUGUAGAUUCACAAGUGAAUAUAACUGUACCACCCCUCAAAUUAAAUUCAGAAACAAGUUCUUGUACUAAUGCAUCAAGCAAUUGCUACUAUAAUAUAACUGAAAAUUCAUCUGAAGAAUCUUUUGUGGCAAAUGUUGCUAAAAUAAAUGUAAAUGAUGAGUCAACUAAAGAUGGUAUAGUUAUCUUAUUAUAUCCUUGGGUAGAACUAAGUUCAUCAGAUUUAAAAACAAUCAUUUUAAUAGGUGAUUCACUAAAAGUCUUGAAAUCUACUAGAAGGUGUUGCAGAUUUAUACGAAAUGUAUUUUUAAGGGAUUUUCCCGUGGAAAUAUUCUUGAAUAGACCCACAAUAGUAAAAACAUUAUUGGCAAUUGCUGAUGGACAAUGUGGUGGGCAUCCAGCUGAAGCACUACAGACUCUUCUAUGCAUAACUCAGUCACUACAUUCGAGAUUUUACACUUUAUUUUCCUUGGAUUUUGUCUGCCAAUCAUAUAAGAUUGCAGAUGAUAACAGAAAUUGCGAAGACAAUGUAAAUGCAGAACUGGAACAGUUUGCGAGCUUGUCUCAUUUGCCACAAGAAGAUGGUCUUGUACCCUUGAGGCAACUACCAGCACCUUUAUAUGCGUUAGAAACAUUACACACUAUUCUUACUAUUAUGAUUCGAAGUGUGGUGCUAGUUGAUAUGAAUCAAGAAAGUGAUAUUUUGGAUAUGAAGGAGUUAAAUAUUUGCCUGUGUCUAGUUGAAAGUCUCAUCAUACUGUUAUUGGAUUGUGUGACGGAACGUUUUUGGUCUGCUGACCACAUGACCAAAACCCACAGGGAUAUAGCUCACAAGUCUUGUAUGGCCAUGCGCAUGUUGGGUGAACUCACAAUGAAGUAUCGAACAUCAUUCACCCAAGAGCCUGACCGUACACAUUAUAGGGUGGCAUGGCUUCGUCUCGUCCCCUGUGGGGAGAGACUGUUACAUUGGGCGAGAGAGUCGGCUCUGCCGCCUACCGCCUUGGUGGCUGCCUUACAAGCGGCUCACAUCGACCCUGCUUUAGAGCUUAUGUAUCCUGAAAUCAGCAAAAGGAUUGCUUCUGUUUUAUUUAACGCGAAAUCAUCUAUUGAUAAAGAGUAUAAAAGCAGAUACAAAGAACUUAGUAAAUUGUUCGUCAGUAUGGACCACGCUAUGCAAUUCAUGAAAAUAAAAGACACUAAUCGAGCGCCUGACACUAUUCUGAACUGUAUAAAAAAUGGUCUUCCGAUUCUAUAUAUUAAUCUGAGUGAGAAGUACUUAAGAGAUAUAGGAACGAUUUUACUGAAAAAGCUAAAAGAUUUCAACAUGAAUGAUGACAAUUGGUCGAUAGCAAGGAGUAUUUGUUUAACUCUAAUGGCUCACAAUUUGGCAUGGGUACAAGCCACUUUCUAUAAAAUGUUAGCUGACAUGGUUAGAACAACAUUGAUGGGUGAUGAAGUAAAUCAAGCUGACAAUGAAAAAUGCUUGACAUUGAUUUGUGAUGUCGGAAUUCUAACUGAGAUAUGUUGCCAUGGAUUGUCUUCAACUGAAAAAGAGGUAGAGUAUAAUGCCAAUGAGAUAAUGCUGUACGUGCUGCGCGGCAGGCUGGCGCUGAGCGAGGGCUGCUGGUGGCGGCUGCUGGCGAGCCUGCUGCCGGCGCUGCCGCUGCUGCACGCGCACGCCGCGCACGACACCACGCUCGGUAAAGCCAUCUGUAAAUCGUUAGAGGCGGACAUAGUGGAGUGUAUGGGCGUGUCCAACGCGGAAAGGGUCGCGGGGCUCGUUCGCUUGCUGUUCGUCAACUGCGCCCCCGUACAGUUGGAUGCGGCACAUUCUGUUUGCCGUCUUCUGGAUGACAGCAAGUAUUUGCCUCCUCGAGAGGUUUUGCGUACUGAUGUAAUAAUGAACGCGUUGCGACGCAUCAAGCCCCAAGAUUUCAAUAUCGAUCAAUCUAGUUCCCCUUCGAAAAAUCCACAGACAUCGGGCUUGAUACAAAUAAUGGAAGUGUUAAAACAAGACUUAACAAUAGAUGAAGCUACACUAGAGUACACAGGUCGCGCCUCGCGGCAGCCCGCGCUGGAGCCGUCCCUGCGCCGCAGCACGCUGCAGCAGCUGGCCGUGCUGCUGAGGCAGCAGGAGUUGCAUGACACGUUCAUACAAUAUGAUGGACUUAAUUUAAUCAUUUCUCUGCUCAGGUUGUCCCUGUUGGUGGACGAUUAUCUUGCUUUUCCUGAAUGUGCAAUUAGCUGUGUAUCAGUACUAAAUAGUGUAUGUUUCAAAAGUCGGCAUAAUUUAGCAAAAAUAUCUGACUUGCCGCUACUAUUAUUAAGGGUGAUACUGAUAUUCCCAGCGAACGAGGACUGUGUAGUGAUGGCUGCCCAAGUGCUGUCACUGGUAGUGUGGGCGGGGUUCGCUCUGCGAGAGCUGGCGUCGCGGCGCGAGGUGCCCGCGCUGCCUGCCGUUGUCACGCACAGGACCUGUCUGCCCUUUAUAGCCAAUAGUUACUGGACUACUAGCCCUAACGUUGAACAUUCAGCUGUAGAAUGGCUGUUAACUGACGAGGCGUGGCGCAGCGCGAUACGCGUCCGUUGGUGGUGGCUCCAUAGCGGCGGCCGGCUCGUCUCUGUUCCCCACGGAACCUCACCCCCCGGACCCGCAGCACCCUCGGCAUCCCCAGCAUCCCCAGCACCCCCCACACCGCGCGACCUCGCCUUGCUGCGGGCAGCGAGCUUGCGCCACUCUUGUACUAACCUCUUGUUGGCUUUAGAGAACGCCACCUCACACGUACAAGUGUAUGACGCGUUGAAUCUAUUAGAGUGCUAUACAUAUCUCAUACAAUAUUCACCAUCGAGCGGCAAGGAAUUAGAAGAUUUGCCCUGGCAUCAUACAAGGCGGUUCCUAAGCGCGCCGCCGGCUUCUUUGCGAGACACCACUUUAUUGAUCUCGUUGUUACAAUUUAUUGUAGCUUUUAUGGACAAUACACCUAGAGAUGAUAACGCAAUGUCCUGGAUUCAGUCGUCAUUUAUUGGGAACGAUGCGGUCAUAAUAUCUCUAUUGAGCCGUGACCGUCUGUACCCGCAACAGACAGCCUGCGACGAUAUAGAAGUGACCCAGUUACGCAUAUACAUAGUCAAAGUGGUGUUACGAUGUAUAUUAUUGGUAGAACAUCGAGGGAAUUAUAGCAGCAGUAAAAUGGAGAGUUUGUUGAAGAUAUUAUUUACGUGCUUAGACAGAAUUGAUUUGAAGAAUUUUCAUGUUCUCGGAUAUCUCAACGAGCUGAUACGUUGUAUCAGAUACGCAGUGUAUUCUCAGUAUUGUAGAAUAUCUGAAGACACUCUAGUGCAAAGCUUAAGAGUGAUGACGAACGCUUUAAGCGGAUGCGCGUCCGGCGCGGGCCGAAAAGGACAGGCCUGUCGGCUCGACGCAAUGCUUGCAUUGCUCGCUUUACUGAAACUAAUUCAGCAACAGUCCAUACCAGUUCAGUUCGAACGUGGUGCGAUGCAUGGUGUAGCUGUGUGUGCAGUGGAUGGGAAUGUGAAGUCGAAACGGGAGCUAGAGAGGUGGAGUGAUGCGUGGGGCGGCAAGGCGAUGUGCGCGGUGGGCGCGUGCGCGGCGGCCGCGCGCCCCGCACUGCGCGCCGCCGCGCUGCACGCCGCCGCCGCGCUCGCGCACCACGCGCACCUCCUGCCCCACCUGCUACAGAGCAUAAAUGAGGAAUCCUUAAGUCAAUUUGCAUUGGGAAUAUUUUCCCGUGCCGGCGAAGCGAACACGGUGCGCGCAGCUGCCGCCUGCCUUCUCACCACUGUUACUGCAAGGAUAUCUCCUAAUACCCAAGUGAGU